AACAAUCCAGUUCCGGGUUGAAUGUCAGGCUCACGUGUUGAAGAGUGGCAGACCGGACUUGCAAGGCUCGACAAAAAUCAUGGUUGUUUCUGUAAAAGUCGAGGGUUUGAGCGCCUUUCUGGAGGCUGUUGAGAAGCACAAGGGGAAAACGAUCUUUGCACUUUUUACCGGCUCUCACGACGCCCAGGGGAAGAGCUGGUGUCCCGACUGUGUUGCAGCUGACCCAGUAGUGGAGGAGUGUGUGAAGGGUGCUCCUGAGGAUGCUGUCUUCAUCACCUGCUCUGUAGGUGACAGGGCAACGUGGAAGGACCAGAAGAAUGAUUUCCGUACCCACGACAAGCUGAAGCUGACAAGUGUGCCCACCCUCAUGAGAUGGGGAACGCCCCAGAGGUUGAUGGAAGAGGACUGUGCCAAGAGUAGCCUGGUGUCCAUGCUCUUUGAAGAGGACUAAGAUGGAACAUAUAUCCUAAUCCAGCAUAUUGCUUUCAGCUCUCUUGUUACCUCCAAAGUUUAAUAAGAAAUAGCUUAAACAGAGGGCUAGGAGGGUCCCAGCAAUGCUAUAUGCUAAAUAUCAGGAAGGCAUCUAUGUACAAUGCAAAACCCAGGAAGACACCAGCUACAAUUGAGGCAUAGUUGUCACUACCUCACAAUCGAUGGCAUGAAAUUAAACCCCCUCCCCAAGAAUCAACGUUAUAAGUGAUGAGAAUUACUAAAAAGGACAUACACUAAAAAGCACUGCAGGAACAUGCAGAAUUAACUGUGAUGUACUGUAACUCAGAUCUAACAAGUUACCUGUAGUUGACUUCAACUCCUUCUCUUACCAAAUGGAAAUAAAAAUAUGUAACAGAAAUGUGAUGUUAUCACAUGAUAAUUACAGCCAGAAAAUGUCAUGGUUUGGAUUUAAUUAAAUUUUACCCACAUGUU